AUGGGCGACAUUCGCGUUUCAAUCGAUAGGGGCGGCACAUUCUGUGAUGUGAUUGCUACAGGCGCAGAUGGAAACAACCCAUUCAUCUUCAAGCUGUUAUCAGAAGACCCUUCAAAUUAUCCUGAUGCACCAACUGAGGCAAUUCGGAGGAUAUUAGAGAAGUAUGAGGGAAAGACAAUCCCCGUUGGUGAGAAGCUUGAUGCUUCAAGAAUUGCAUCAUGUCGUAUCGGUACCACUGUUGCAACGAAUGCCCUCCUCACGGGCAAUGGCGAAAAGUUUGCUUUUGCAACUACCAAAGGCUUCAAAGACGUCUGCGUUAUUGGAGACCAGUCUCGUCCUGAAUUGUUCAACCUCGAGAUCCGCAAAGCAAGCGUCCUCCACUCCACUGUUAUCGAGAUCGAUGAGAGAGUCACCAUAGAAGACUAUGAUCUGAACCCUCACAAGAAAGAAAUCAUGAACAUCGAGGGCGAUGCGAACUUGGUCAAAACUCCAAGCGGUGAAGUUAUCCGGAUCCUCAAGAGACCUGAUGAGAAAGUCAUCCGACAACACCUUGAAAUCCUGCGCGAACAAGGCUACACAUCACUUGCAGUUUGCUUUAUGCAUGCCUACAUCUUUCCAGGCCACGAGAAGGCGGUAGCCCGAAUUGCAAAGGAUGUUGGUUUUAGAUUCGUCACUAUCUCAUCUGAGACCAGCCCAGCGAUCAACUUCCUCAAAAGAAGCAACUCUACUUGCUCAGAGGCGUACUUGUACCCCAUCAUCAGACGAUACAUUGACGAUUUCCAAGCAGGUUUCAAGAACCCUCCUCAGAGGGUAGAGUUUAUGUGCUCUGACGGUGGCCUUAAGCAAGCCGAUAGGUUUCGAGGAAACGAGGCACUAUUAAGCGGACCAGCUGGCGGUGUUGUGGGUACAGCAAAAUGCUUCGACGUUGAUGAGGGGACACCUGUUAUUGGAUUCGACAUGGGCGGUACAAGCACUGACGUCUCGAGAUAUGAUGGAAAAUACGAUUUUCUUCAACAAACGACGAUUGCUGGGCGAACUAUCAACCUGUCCAUGCUCAAUAUUGCAACUGUUGCUGCAGGGGGUGGAUCCAUCUUAUUUGCCCGGAACGGACUCUUAGCAGUUGGGCCAGAGUCUGCUGGAGCGCACCCCGGGCCUGCAUGCUAUAGGAAGGGAGGUCCUCUGACCGUUACUGACGCCAACCUGUUUCUCGGGCGGCUCGUACUCUCGUCAUUCCCUGCCAUCUUUGGAGAGUCUGGAGAUCAGGAACUGGACACAGAGGUCGUGGCUCGAAAGUUCGAGCAUAUCACUCAAGACUUCAACCGACAGACGUCUCAGAAUCUUACACCCGAGGAGGUAGCUUCAGGGUUCUUGAACAUAGCUAACGAGACAAUGAGUCGACCUAUUCGAAACGCAACCGAGGCUAGAGGCUACGCUCCUGAGAACCACGAUCUCGUGAGCUUUGGUGGUGCAGGUGGACAGCAUGCUUGUGCUAUUGCUGAUAAGCUUGGCAUCAAGCGCGUAAUCAUCCACAAAUUGUCGUCGCUGCUCUCAGCACAUGGCAUCGCGCAUGCGGAGCUUCAGUAUGAGAUAUUCGAGCCGUUCGCGGCCGAGCUAGAUGGAAAAGCCAUGGAAGGGGUAGAGAACCUCUUAUCAGCACUGAAGAAGAAAGUGGCCAAGGAAUUAGUCUCACAAAAAGCUUCAGAGGAAGGCUUGGUCUUCGACGAGGCACUUGUGUUGAAGUACUUUGGCACUGAUACAAAUCUUUCCAUCUCCAAACCAGCUGAUGGAAACUAUGCUGCUGCCUUCACAGCUAUGCAUAUGCGCGAAUUUGCCUUUUCCAUGAACAGGCCCAUCAUUAUCGAAUCUGUCAAAGUUCGCGGUGCGGGAAGCACUGGCGCACCGAGCCAUGAGACGUCAGCAUGCAAAGAGAUAGCUUUGAGUAAACGGAUGGUGUUCUCCGACUAUACCGCUAGGCAAGAAGUAUACCUUGAUGGCUCAUGGCAGCAGGCAAGAGUCUUCAAACUGGACGAUAUUCCUGAGGGGAGUCUUAUCAUCGGACCGGCAAUUAUCAUCGAUGAGACACAGACGAUUCUUGUUGAACCUCUCUUCAAGGCACAUAUUCUGGUCAACUAUGUUGUCUUGGAAAAGAUAAUUUCUGAAGAACAACCACUCAAUCCUUCUAUUACCCAGACCCUAUCUACUUCGAGUACGCCGAAAGACAUCCUUAGCCCAAUUCAACUAUCCGUUUUCGCCCACCGCUUCAUGGCCAUCGCCGAGCAAAUGGGCAACACCCUCCAGCGAACAUCUAUCUCAAGCAGCAUCAAAGAACGUCUCGACUUUUCCUGCGCCAUCUUUUCGCCCGAGGGCAAACUCGUUGCCAACGCUCCUCAUAUCCCCAUCCACCUCGGAAGCAUGCAAUUUGCUGUCCAGGCUCAGCACCGCCACUGGAACGGAAAGCUUAAACCUGGCGACGUUCUUCUAACGAAUCAUCCUUCUUGGGGUGGGACACAUCUACCAGACUUGACAGUGGUCACACCUGUUUUCAUUGCAGAUCAGAUAGCAUUCUACGUUGCUUCCCGGGGUCACCAUACUGACAUCGGCGGUAUGGGUAUCACGAGUAUGAUGCCCGAGUCACGGUCCUUAUGGGAGGAGGGUAUAAUUGUACCCUCCAUGAAGAUCGUCAGCAGUGGCGAGUUUCUCGAAAGCGAAGUCCGAGCCGCUUUUGAGAAAGUCGGUACCUAUCCUGGCUGCAGCGCAACACGCCGUAUUCAAGACAACGUUUCGGACCUUAAAGCACAGACGUCAGCCAACCAGCGUGGUAUAACUCUCCUUCAAAAGCUCUGCAACGAGUAUUCGCUACAAGUGGUGCACAAGUACAUGACGGGUAUCCAAGAUAAUGCAGAGCUUGCAGUACGGGGGUUCUUCAAGAAACUGGCUCAUGAGCAUCCGGGUCCUCUAUCAGCGACAGAUUACCUUGAUGAUGGCACUGUCAUGAAAGUCAGGAUCAGUAUCGACAAAAACACAGGCGGUGCUAUAUAUGACUUUGCUGGCUCAGGUCCCCAGAUGUGGGGAAACUAUAACUGUCCCAUCUCUAUCACCCACUCGGCGAUUAUCUAUAGCAUCAGAUGCUUAGUCAAUCUAGAAAUCCCCCUGAACGAGGGCUGCUUAGCACCAUGCGAUAUCCGAGUGCCUGUGGGCUCUAUCCUCAAUCCCACUCCGACAGUGGCCAUCUGUGGCUCGACACUAGCAAGUCAGCGAGUAAUAGAUCUAGUCCUCCGUGCUUUCGGUCGCUUUGGCGCGAGUCAAGGUUGCGCAAACGCGUUCGGUUGGGGCAUGGGGGGCAAGAAUCCAGUGACAGGUAAAGUUGAACCAGGGUGGAAUUAUGGAGAGUCGAUUGGCGGAGGCGUCGGUGCUGGUGAGGGCUACAAUGGCGAGAGCGGCGUGCACGUCCACUCAACAAACACCCGCCAAACCGAUAGUGAAGUGAUAGAAAAGCGCACUGCCGUCCUGGUGCGAAAAUAUGGCAUCCGAGAGGGCAGUGGCGGAAAGGGUCGCUGGCGUGGCGGCGAUGGCAUUAUUCGUGAGAUCGAAGCGCGUACGAAUCUCAAGUUCAGUAUUUUAAGUGAUCGACGUGUGUACAGACCGUACGGAAUGGCUGGGGGUUAUGGAGGCCAAAAGGGCGAGAAUCUUGCUUUCAAGUUCAAUGAGGAGCAUGAGCUGGAAGCAAUCAAAAUGCGCCUCAUUAAUACCACCACACUUGAGGUCGAAGAAUUCUUUGACGUGUCCAUUCCUGAAUACGCUAUCCUUUCCCAUACGUGGGGCGACGGCGAAGUCUCACUGCAAGACUGGGCCGAUCGCAAAAACCGCCGCUUCAAGCCCGGUUUUCAGAAGAUCAUCUGGGCUUGCGCCCAAGCUGCCAAAGACCAGGUGAGUCACGUCUGGGUGGACACCAACUGUAUCGACAAGAGUAGCUCCGCAGAAUUAUCUGAGGCAAUUAAUUCCAUGUUCAGAUGGUACCGAAGAUCUGCUGUCUGCUAUGUAUACUUGGAAGACGUCCCCGCCAUGAGCUUAGAUGAAUGCACCAAGCCAGAGAGUGCUUUCAGAAAUGCAAGAUGGUUCACGAGAGGCUGGACUCUUCAGGAACUGAUCGCACCGCCGAAUGUCAGUUUCUUCUCCAGCGGCUGGACUCUGAUAGCGACAAAGUCUGAACUGGCUCCUUGCAUUACCGAGAUUACGGGUAUUCCUUGGUCGUGUCUCCUCAAGGGCAGGUUAUCUAAGGCGCACCCACUGCGGAGAUACAGUGUUGCUCAGAGGAUGGCUUGGGCAUCAAGUCGCUCAACGACGCGUAUAGAAGACCAGGCCUACUCCCUCCUCGGUCUCUUCGACAUCUCCAUGCCGCUGGUCUACGGCGAAGGCUACGAGGCGUUCACCAGGCUCCUCGGAGAAAUCAUCCAUAAAUAUGCCGACCAUAGCUUUUUUGCCUCACAGCUGCAAUAUAUCACUCUGCCAAUCGUGCCGACUUUGGUCCCCCAUUUCGUGUUCGGCGUGCUCGAUUGUUGGGAUAUCGAAACUGCUAGUACAAGAACAACACGCAACGUAUCACGAAUAUGGAUACCGCUGCUUCGGAAGGGUACUGGGGAAUCGCAGCGGUACUUGCGAUUAAUUUGGCCACAAACAUUCUUCCCCGUCAAGAUGGUUCAGAAGGACAUUAUGAUGUCUUACAAAGAAAAGGAGCGUUUCUUGAAAGGCGAGAAGCAUGUAGCAUCUGAUUCAGAAGAAAUUUCCGAUCACGUGGAUACAGUUUCGAUAGCUAUGCAAAGAAACAUUCUGGUAAAGAAGCCAUAUGCAACCAUCCUAUCAGUCCCUUCAUGGCAGCCCCGCGAAGCGGGUAGUCCGUUUCUACUCUGCUUCCCGCGAGGAACCGCAGACUUUCGUCUAUACGGUAUCUUUCCGAGCGACCUUGAGUCGGACACCGCAUGGGCAUCGGAAACACCACCUUUACUACCACUAGUAAUGCCGCGCCGGAGGCACAGAAUCAGAUUUGGAACAGGAAAGGCGGACGUCUACGCUGCAGUGGUGGUGUUCAAGAAACGACGAUCAAAGCCCCCAAGAUUUGUCACUAUCUGUCUGGCCAAUCUUGGUCACCCCGACAACAGGAGAACAGGUAGGAAGAUUUUCGAGCCUAGAUGCAGGGUAAUUCCGAACUGGUCAUCAUCAGAAGAUCAAAAUGUGGAAGCCGUCGAUUUUACUACCUUUCGCGAUGUUGACUGUGUUGGUGACACUUUGGUUACAAUGCAGAAGAUAGCGAGCAAUCCUAGAAUCACAGCUAAAGGCCGCGAGCACCGUUUCGUUGGUCUCACCCAAGUUAUUUUCGAUAGAGAGCAGAUGAUGGAAGAGCUGCGUUUACUGCCAGAUAAAGAAGACAAGACAUCGAGAGGCAUCUUGCAGCACUAUGGUCAGGAAUCUUCAGAUGAAGAGGUAGACGAGUCAGCCAUUGUUCAUUGA